AUGUACCUCAGUGCUGCAUAUCACCGCAUACCUCUAAGUGAUGGAAACAGCAUUCCUAUCAUCGGUCUUGGUACCUACUCAGAACCUAGAUUGACCCCUAAGGGGACCUGUGCAAGAUCAGUGAAAAUUGCCAUUGACACGGGGUACCGGCACAUUGAUGGCGCCUACCUCUACCAGAACGAGCACGAAGUGGGGGAGGCCAUCAGGGAGAAGAUAGCAGAAGGAAAGGUGCAGAGGCAGGAUAUCUUCUACUGCGGAAAGCUGUGGGCUACACAUCAUGACCCACAGAUGGUCCGCCCAACUCUGGAGAGGACGCUCAGGGGCCUCCAGCUAGAUUAUGUGGAUCUUUACAUCAUUGAAAUACCCAUGGCUUUUAAGCCUGGAGAUGAAUUCUAUCCUAAAGAUGAAAAUGGCAAAUGGUUAUAUCACAAGUCAAAUCUGUGUGCCACUUGGGAGGCUUUAGAAGCUUGCAAAGAUGCUGGCUUGGUGAAAUCCCUCGGUGUAUCCAAUUUUAACCGUAGGCAGCUGGAGCUUAUUCUGAACAAACCAGGACUUAAGCAUAAGCCAGUCAGCAACCAGGUUGAAUGCCAUCCAUAUUUCACCCAGCCAAAACUCUUGAAAUUUUGCCAACAACAUGACAUUGUCAUUAUUGCAUACAGCCCUUUGGGGACCUCUAGGAAUCCAUCCUGGGUGAAUGUGUCUUCCCCACCUUUGUUAAAGGAUGCACUUCUAAACUCACUGGGGAAAAAAUACAAUAAGACAGCAGCUCAAGUUGUUUUGCGUUUCAACAUCCAGCGAGGAGUGGUGGUCAUUCCUAAAAGCUUUAACCCUGAAAGGAUCAAAGAAAACUUUCAAAUCUUUGACUUUUCUCUCACUGAAGAAGAAAUGAAGGGCAUUGAAGACCUGAAUAAAAAUGUCCGCUUCGUGGAAAUGCUCAUGUGGUGUGACCAUCCUGAAUACCCAUUUCAUGAUGAAUACUGACUUCAGAGAGCUCCGCAACAGAUAUUUUCCCUCUAUGUGUGCCAGGACUUUGGGCUGGGUGGUUCCUCCAGCUAUGGAAAUCAAAGGAGUUCACUAUCCUCAGAUGAAAUGGUGAUGGAGACACACUUAACUUUUGUGUAGU